GCGAGGGCGCAGGUGAGCCCGCGGCGCGGCACCCUUCCCCCCGCGCGCCGUGUCUGCUUCCGGCGCGCUCGCGUCCCCGCUCCGCCGCGGCCGGGGGAGGCGACGCAGGCGGGCGUCGCGCCGCGCAGGACCCGCUCCUGGCAGAGGAAGACUCCUGCGCUGUUCAUUCAGUUCAGUGACCAGAAGUCGGUGUGGCAGGAGUCUGCUCUCGAGUGAAACUCCUGCCUGCCAGGUUCCCCACGUGUGGCAUGUGUCCUUGCACCGCAAAUGUGCAAACUGCCGAUGUGAUGGAUAACACAUACUAUCAAUUUGCUUUUUAAAAAAGAUCAUUAAAAGCAAGCAAGCCAGCCUUCUAAAUUUGUUUUUGGUAAUUCUUAGCUACUAUAAGUAAAGCCUGAUGUUUUUCUUUCUCACAUCUUGAAGAAUAGGAGGCGUGUAAAAAUAAAAGGGAACGCUUAACAGCCAUACAAGGAAAGCCGUGAAACAGAUUGAGGGUAGCAUGGUCAAUUUACAAUCUACAGAGGUAACAGUUACUGUAACUUUCUGAAAGCUUGAACUUCGCUGGCAGCAAAAGUAUGCAGGAUUCUUCAGAAUCAAGUGACUUUAAGCUGCUGUUUCUGUGAUUUAUUAAUUUGUAUAAAUUAUUUUGUACUCCACGCAUGAAAGGUAUGCUGACUAUAAGGAACAGAAGUCGUCGACCACAAAUACAUAAAUGUACCUCGUCAAUACUUUGCAGAGGCAAUGGAGGAAAUGAUACAAACUCUAUUUUAAUUACAACAUAAAGAAAAAAUAUUCAGAGCUGUACAAUACUCUUUCAGUAUCAUUCAAUGCCUAACAUUUCAGAAGAUGAAAAGGAGAAUGGUUCUGGAAAUAAUGGAAACACUGAAAACAAACCUGGGAAAGAAUCCCCAGAAGCUUCUCUUCAUGAUCCGGUGAAGCCAUGCUGCAUGUCAGACGCCUCCGCUGCGUCCCUGGUGUCUAGGGGAGAUGGGCAUUAUCCAUGGGGAUGUCCUGUGACUCAUACACGAGAGAAAUUUUAUACCAUCUGCUCAGACUAUGCUUUUUUAAACAGAGUAACAUCUAUUUGUAAAAGCCCAAGUGCUUCAGUUAGUGCCUGCCUGUCAGGCAGUGCUGCCUUAAACGCUGGAAAUAACACACCUAGCUUACUUGGCAUUCAAACUGGUGCUUCAGAGAUAAUCUACAGUGAAGAUGCUAACUUGGAAAGCUUGCCUGGCAAUCUUGGAAAGCUUCCUCUGGCAUGGGAAAUUGACAAAUCGGAGUUCAAUGGCGUGACCACAAAUCUGAAGAACAAAGCAGGCAACAUGAAGAAACAAGCGACAAAGAAAAAAUCCCUAGACAAAAAAAGCAGACAACACCGGGACUGUCCUCAGCGUUCUGCUCUUGAAGACGUGAAGGAGAGGAAAGUGUUGGACCUCCGGAGAUGGUAUUGUGUUAGCCGACCUCAAUACAAGACUUCCUGUGGAAUUUCAUCCUUAGUGUCUUGCUGGAAUUUCUUAUAUAGUACACUGGGAGCUGGAAGCUUACCACCAAUUACUCAAGAAGAAGCUUUGCAUAUACUGGGCUUUCAGCCCCCAUUUGAGGAGAUUAGGUUUGGUCCCUUCACUGGAAAUACUACUUUAAUGAGAUGGUUUAGGCAAAUAAAUGAUCACUUCCAUAUCAAGGGAUGCUCAUAUGUUCUGUAUAAACCUCAUGGGAAGAACAAGACAGCUGGAGAAACUGCUGCAGGGGCCCUGGCAAAGCUAACACGUGGACUGAAAGAUGAAUCGAUGGCCUACAUCUACCAUUGCCAAAACCAUUAUUUUUGCCCAAUUGGAUUUGAAGCAACCCCAGUAAAAGCUAGUAAAGCGUACAGGUUGCUGGAUUUGGACUCGGGAGACCUGGGUUCAGUUCCCAGUUCAACCACAGACUUCCAGUGUGACUUUAGAGCUCGUGUCUUGCAGCAAGAAGUAGAAUAUUGGAUCUUAAUUGGAGAGCCGAGCAGAAAACAUCCAACAAUACACUGUAAAAGGUGGGCAGAUAUUGUCACUGACUUAAACACCCAAAAUCCAGAAUACCUAGAUAUUCGACACCUAGAGAGAGGAUUGCAGCAUCGAAAAACAAAGAAGGUUGGAGGAAAUCUUCAUUGCAUCAUUGCCUUUCAGAGACUUAACUGGCAAAGAUUUGGUCCUUGGAAUUUUCCAUUUGGAAACGUUAGACAGGAUAAACAAUCCCAGACACAAGGACAAGGAAUUUCCAAAUCAGAGAGUGAAGACAAUAUCUCUAAGAAACAACAUGGACGACUGGGUCGAUCCUUCAGUGCUGGCUUUCAUCAAGAAUCUACGUGGAAGAAAUCUAAUCUUCGUGAGAGGAGGAACAGUGGGUAUCAGAGUUACAAUGACUAUGAUGGAAAUGAUUAAAAUUAACUUUAGAUAAUAGAGUUGAUAUAUUAAAGUUAGUUUUAAUCAAGACAUAUUAGGGAUUAUUAGUCCUAGAAUACAUAUGAAUAGAAAUUAUGGUAUAAGAUACAGCUUCAUAAUUAAAUAAAUCUGAUACGGUUGCAAUGGAUGAGAUCUGAUGUAUAAACUGACAGAUAAGCACAGAUUAUUGUACUUUUGCAAUCAAAAGUAAAUAUGACAGCAAAAUCAAUCAUUUCUUUUGAAAUAAUUGUACUAUGUCCUGAUCCACGAAAACAAAAGAGCUGAUUGAAAUUAGUCAAUGUAAUAAACAGACUUCGUUGAAAAUACUUAGUAUUGAAAAGCAUGACAAUUUAUUAUAUGACAUAUGACUUUAUAAAAAGGGUUAUUCUGCAAAUGGUCUAAGGAUAAAAGUAAACAUUGCCUUCCUUUUUAACACUGCAUUUUAUUAAGGCUGCCCAUAUCCAGUGAAAAGGAAAAAAAAAUCACAUAGGUUAGAAAACCUUGUCAGAUUUGCAAAGUGAAUGUACAUUCUUUAGUUAGUUCCUAUUAGACUGCUGUCAAUCAGAUGAUCAUAUUUUGUCAAGCAGGUCUCAGUUUCUUUUCCCUUAGCUGGAUGCCUGUUUUAGACUGAGAGGAACCGCCUGUGGCAGGGAAAGUUCAAGGACAGACCUUAUUGCUUUUGCUCUUCGGGUACAGCGGCUGAAUUCUUAUCAUGGAGCCUUUUGAGAGCAUGGACUCACUUAAUACAAGCUUGUGAAAUUCAGUAUUAAAAAGCUGCAUUUACCAUUAGCCAAAUGAGCCACAUGAACACUGCAUUCUGUUGGAAGUUCUUUUCCUUAUUCAGUCUUAAAACCUCUGUCAUUUUUCUGCUGCUCUUUUAAUUUUGUAUGAGGGAGAUGCAAGUGCCGAAAACUGCUGGCAGCCCUGAUGAUAUUAAAUACCUCUUGGCCAGCAAACAAUUAAAGCUUUUUUAAGGUAUCCAUGUGCAGUUUUUUUCUUUUUUUUUUUUCUUUUUCCCUCUAAUUUGAAAUGUAUCCAGUUGUUUGCCCAAACACAUCUCAACAGUUGUAACUUCUGCGUACAAAUGUUCAUACCUGCUCAAGGAUUAAUUUUUUGACAUAAAAAAAUGAUUUGUCAUGAAAUGCAGGGGUUUUGUAGGUAGCUGCUUUUGUUAACCAAAAAUGGGAGACUUUUAGACUUUUGUUCAUUCAAUAAAAUUCGUUUUCUA